AAACUCCACAUCCCUUUUUUGUGCCCAUCUGAAUGUGUGAGUCUUUGAGUGUGUGCAUGUGUGUUUGUUUCCAGCUCUCACCAGGUUGGGUGCGUUAUACUGAGGGCUUCCUGCUGCAUCCAUCUGCCUGAAACUAAAGAGCGCCGAGCUGUCACUGCACACUGCAGGGUUUUGACAGAGACAGUGAAGCUGGUGGAAGUGUGCCUCUCUCAGGACAACAAAGGCAGCUCUGCACACACUUGAAGCACAGCAGAGCAGCAAGCUUUCAUCAGACUCAUGACUGUUUGAGGGAACGCGGACCCACCGUGGCCCAUGCACUGUAUCCGUUUCCCUCCCUGUCCUCCUUAUCCCUCAAGCUGACGCAAAACCCUAGACACCUGCCCCCCCUUCCUCACCCGCACUCCCAUCCCAUCCCCAGUGACUCGCCCCCUCCGGCCAUGGUGUCCGGCACAGAGACCGUGCACUACAUCCACCUUCAUAACUCCAGCCAGUCGGUGUUAGAAGCCCUGCGCACGCAGCGGCGUGAAGGCCUCUUCUGCGAUGUGACCGUGCGGAUACAUGAUGCUUCACUACGUGCCCACGCCUGCGUCCUGGCAGCUGGCAGCCCCUUCUUCCAGGACAAGCUGCUGCUCGGUCACUCUGAAAUCUCUGUGCCACCGCUGGUGCCCGCCGAAACUGUGAAGCAGCUUGUGGAUUUCAUGUACAGCGGCUCGCUGGUGGUGCUGCAGUCACAGGCCCUCUGCAUCCUCACUGCUGCCAGCAUCUUGCAGAUCAAGACGGUCAUUGACGAGUGCACCCAGAUCAUCUCUCAGAGAAAGGCGGCAGCCACGGCGGCGGCUGCAGCGGCGGCGGCCGCAGCAGCAGCGGCAGCAGGAGGAGUGAUGCUCGGAGGAGUUCUCCCUAAACAAGAAGAGCGUGGUGGGGGGAAAGGGAGAGAGAGUGGUGGCAGUGGGAGCUGCUCUGUAGGUGCAAGUGGGGGUGGAGGUUAUGCAAACUUCCCUAACUUCAUGGCUGAAUGCGCAGCUAGUAACAUGGGCGGGGGGUUGGGGGGUGCCAACGUUAGUGUCAGUGAGAGCGGCCCAGGCCCAAUGGAGCAAGCUAACUCAGUGAGUCUGAUGGCACUGGGCGACAUGGGCCCCGGCUCCAUGUGCGGUGGUGACGGCACAAUCCUCAUGAAGCAGAACUCCAGCUGUACUCAGGACGUCAGGUACAAGCUCCGAGACCUGUUGGCGCAAACAGCCAACGGAGCCAGCACUAGUAGCACAGGGAACCUCUCCGCGGGCUGCAGCUCCGGUGUGGGCAGUGUGGACAGCAUCGGCAGGGACAGCCUCCGCGGCAACACAGCUGACCUCUCUGAUGAGCUGGCGGGGAUGGAGAGAUAUAGCGAGGAGGAGGACUUGGACGGGAGAGAGCGAGGAAGAGACGGAGAGAGAGACAGGGGGGCGAGCCACAGCCGCAAGCAGAGGCAGCCGCUAAGACUCCAGGUGCUGGGGGGAGAAGGAGUGGUGGUGAAAGAUGAAGGGGUUCAGGACCCAGAUGGGACCGUCUAUGCCUUGCAGGACGGGAGACGAGACGGACAGCAGCAGGGCUCCCAGGAAUCCAUGGCAGGCUUUGGACAGGAUUUCUACGAUGAGCAGGGGGUGUUUUCGGAGAGUUUCUGGCCGCAGAGUGAGCCUCCUCAGGCCAUGGCGUUCAACCCCAGAGGAAGGGUCAACAAGCCUCUGACUCCGCCUCCAACCACGCAGUCCAUCAACAACCAGCUUCUCUUCCAGUACCCAGUGAGCCAGUCGCAGCCCUCCCCGUUCUACGUGGGCGGGCCCAUGGGUGGGAUUGACAGCAUGGCGGGGACUGAGCCCACUCAGCAGGACCCGCCUCCUGCGCCGAUGACCCCGGCCCCGCCUCCCUGCCCCUCCACGUGCCCCACCCCUUCCACCCAGGGAUCUGAGACCUCGUUCGACUGCACGCACUGUGGCAAAUCUUUACGUUCCAGGAAGAACUACAGCAAGCACAUGUUCAUCCACUCUGGUCAGAAACCUCAUCAGUGCUCCAUCUGCUGGCGCUCCUUCUCCCUGCGCGACUACCUCCUCAAACACAUGGUGGUGCACACUGGCGUCAGGGCCUUCCAGUGCUCCAUGUGCGGCAAGCGCUUCACCCAGAAAAGCUCGCUCAACGUGCACAUGCGCACCCACCGUGCCGAACGCACCUUCCAGUGCAACGUGUGCCAACGGGCCUUCACCCACCGCACCUUGCUGGAGCGCCACGCCCUGCAGCACGCCCACCACGUCCCCCAGGUCCAAGGCCCGGGGCGUGGAGCCGACAUGACCUCACCUACCAAGCACAGCCCUCCGGCUCUGGGAGGGCCCUCAGGUAUGGCUGGCGCGGCUGGCAUGGUCGGCAGCAUGGCCAACAUGCCCAGUCAUGGAGCUUCCUCCACCUAGAGAGAGGGGGGGGGGGGGGAGAGGGGGAGGUUAGUGAGCCCAGUGAACGACAAUGAUUUGGUCCUGACAGCCUUGUUGAUCUUUUCCUCUGGUGAGAACAGCGCUUACAGGUUCCCAUUGUUUUAUCUUAGCGACACUUUCAACCAGGGUUCCUACACGGCUGCACAAUAAUGUCCAUUCAAACCCUGGAAACAUGAGUAAAAAGUGUUGUUCCCUCCCCAGGAACAUUUCUCAAACAGUCAUUUCCUGCGUUGUGACAUUUGUUGACAAACGCACCUUCAGAAUCCAGAAGUCUUUUAAUAACAGAAUGUGUAGGAACCCUGUUUCAAAGAGGUUAGGAGUGCGGAGCGGAG